UGUUCAUUGCACGAUGGAUUUCUUUGAGCAACGAUACUACGUAUUAAAUAAACGUUUAAUGUCUUAUUUUGGUAUGUGGCCAUUAGACAAUUCUAUAAGAAAUUGGAAAGGUUUGACAGAUGUUAAAGAAAUGGCAAUUCUUUCAACAUAUUCUGAAUCCGGGCGGAAAUUAACAAUAUGGUAUACGUUAUACAUAAGUUUGACAACUACAUUAUAUUUAUCAAUACCUUUAUCACCGGUCGUUCUUAAUAUUGUAUCACCGUCAAACGUGUCACGAAAAAUGGAACUUCUUUUUUGUACGGAAUUUUUUGUAGCCGAAGAAAUAUACUUUAAUGAAAUUUUGUUCUACGAUUAUGCAAUUACAUUAUUAGUAAUUGCAGUUUUAAUUGCAACAGACACACUGUACAUAGUAUAUUCAGAACAUGCUUGCGGUAUAUUUGCGAUUUUAUCCUAUCGAUUAAAUAAUGUAGGUAAAUGCAAGAAUAUCGACGAAAGAUAUGACAACAAUGUGUUUAAUAAAAAAAAAUAUCAUAAUUACGAUGAGAAACAGGACGAAGAAAAUUGUCAAGAGCUUUCAUUUUGUGUCAAAAGACAUAAAUAUGCCAUUGAAUACGUUGAAUUACUCCAAAAAUGUUACGCAGAAUCUUUAAUGGCGUUAUUAUUACUUAAUGUAAUAGGCAUAAGUAUUACAGGAGUUCAAACUAUAAUCAAUAUACAUAGUUUGUCAAAUGUAUUUAGAUUUGGUUUUUUAACACUAGGUGAAGCAUUUCAUCUUUUUUUCUUAACACUACCGGGUCAAAGGAUAAUUGAUCACAGUCUUAAGGUAUUUGAAGAUUGUUAUGAGUCAUAUUGGUAUAAACUUUCCACGAAAGGCAGAAAAACACUUGGUUUAAUAUUAUUACGUAGUAUGACACCAUGCCAAUUAAUGGCUGGUGGUUUAUAUUCUAUGACAUUAGAAAAUUUUGUUUCGGUAGAAGAAAGAGUUUCUAUAUACUUCGUAGCAUUGACAUAUAUAAUAUUACCAUUAACACCUAAAAUUCUUGACAUAGUUAUUCCUCUUAACGAAACACGACCGAUAAAAUUUAUAUUUUAUGCAGAAUAUAAUGUCGACGAAAAAAAAUAUUUUUGGUAUAUUUUGAUGCACGGAUAUGCCGUUUCCGCUGCAAGUAUCUCAAUUUUGAUAGCGACUGAUACAUUAAUCGUACGUUAUGUGCAACACGCUGUUGCAGUCUUUAACGUUAUUGGAUACCGAUUGCGAAAUCUUAAGAAAUGUGUUAAAAAAGAUAACGGAAGUAAUAAUAAUAUUUCAAUCAAUGAUAAAAUCCAUUGCCACAUCAUUAAUUGUAUGAAACAACAUCAAAAUAUAUUACGAUUUACAGAUCUUCUUGAAUCUACUUAUAGUCAUCAAAUAUUCUUUGAAAUUUUCAUUAAUAUGCUAUUAAUGAGUAUUACUGGAGUACAGACUGUUAUGAAAUUAGGAGAACCGGACGAAGUUAUUAGAUUAGGUUUUUUCUGCAUAGGUCAGGCAAUUCAUUUGUACUUUGUAAAUAUUCCAGGACAAAAAUUAAUUGAUCACAGUGUUCUUUUAACUGAUUCUGCUUAUUUCGGAGAAUGGUACGACGUGCCACCAAAAUCAAGAAAAUUAUUAUCGAUGAUUAUACUGAGAAGUUCAAAACCUUGCAAAUUAACAGGUGGAAAAGUUUUGGUGUUAUCGAUCGAGAAAUUUAAAAAUGUACUCCGAGCAUCUAUAUCAUAUUUUACAGUACUUGCUUCAUUGAAAAAAUAA